CCUAUCGAAUCUGAGCACAUACUACGCCAUGGCACCGAUAGCGCCUUCACUUGCUCAAGGGCACAUCUUGCGCUGUCCUGCACGAGUGAAGUUUAUUGCCUCUUCGUCGAGCCGCCGCUUCGUAGCACCACGAUGCACUUCGCUUCGAUGCGAUCAAGAUAGCCCAGCGGCGCGUGAGGUUUGCACGACGUUUGCUCGACGAGAGGCUCUCAUCGCUCCGAUAGCUGCUGCGGCCACCCUUGCUUUUGGCGCUCGCCCAAGCCAGGCGAUUCAAGGCCUUAUUGCGGGCCGCAUUCCAGGCCUGAGCAAGCAGCCCGACGAGGACGGGUUCUACAUGUACACGCGGCCGGAGGGCAAAUCUGGAGGGCAUGGAGUCGGGUGGAGUGAGAUCCCGCAGUAUCAAUUCAAGGUUCCUAAAGGCUGGGACGAGAUUCCGGUCUCAAUUGCCGAUCUGGGUGGAACGGAGAUUGACCUUCGGUACCAGAACAAGGAGCAGGGUGAUGUGGCGGUGGUGGUGGCGCCUGUGCUAAGAUUAAUUGACCAGGUCGGCCCCCGUGUUGUUAAAAUAACCCUGCGAGAGGUGGGUCCUCCGCAGAGAGUCAUUGAGGGCUUCGCUCCCGAGCUAUUUGGCCGGCCUCUGGACGAGGGGGAUGUGCUCAACACCGAGGUUGCCGUACGAGAGGAUGGAGGCUUGUACUACCUUUGGGAGCUCAAGCCCCACAACCUGGUUGCCGCCACCGCCACCAAGAACCGGGUCUUCAUCCUCACCGUCACCUCCAACGCCCGGCAGUGGAAGAAGCAUGCGGACGAGCUGCGAGUUAUCCAGAAGAGCUUUCGAGUGCAGCAGGAGGCCUGAGCGGGAAUGAAGCUGACCUAGACACAAGGAUUUUUCCCUAUCGUUUUAGGAUUCCUUUGACAUGUUUUUUCUUGGAAUGUGCCUUUUUGAAGCGUUCCUUCUUGUUUCUCCUCUCCUUCAAGGCUUUAUACCUCCAAGUCGGCAAGGUUGCAAACCGUGAGGAGGAAAAGGAGAAGGGGGUAGCAAGGAAAGCUUCUGACACCGGACUUGAGGCUGAGGGACGAUGGCCAAGAAGGAGACGGGAAAAGGAGGGGUCGGGGUUGAGGAGGAUGCUUUCCGGGUGUGGACUGCGAAGAGACGAAGGCGGCGCUAAGACGGUGCAGGAGUGAGGAUUUCAAGUCCGAGGAUACUGUUGUGAUUUUAGAGAUUGGUUAUGUCUAUUUUCAGCUUUUUAGGCUGACGUUACCGGGACGUGCUGGUGGCUUGUGUGGGGCGAUGAGGCUGGCAGUUGUGUAUGCUUGAUGCACUGUUAUCUCAUCAGGUAAACCGGUGCUGGUGUUGCUUGUUGGGAGAGAGGAGAGAGGAGAGGUAAAGGCCGUUGAAGGAGUUAAUAGUGGAGGAGAGUGAGAAAGCUGGAAUGCAGGUGCUGCAAACGGAUAGCAUCGAGAGAGUUAGGAGAGAUGUGUUUUCUUCGAUGGUUCAAUUUAUUUCUCUUAUUUUUAUUGAGGAUGAUAAAUAUAUAAUACAUAAUUUUCAUUUGUGUAGUUGACAAAGACACGAAUCGAAAAGCUGAAAACAAACGCGUUCAAUUUUGGCAAGCUUAUGACUUUCUUCGAAUAAAGAAAACAGCUAAAUGAAUAAAGAAAACGAUCCAAUCAGGCAGCAAAACUGCCACCAAAGAAAGGAGGUUGCCAGCUGGAGAAAAACACGCACAAGUGCUCAGAACCACCCGCGACACCGCCGCUGCGAAAACAGCCUCAACUCAAAAACU